CAUUUAGGCCCAACACAAGUCAUACACAUUCAAUAGCAUUCAAAAAUCUAAUCCUUAUUCUCAAUACUUUUCUUAAACCAUUUCUUUCUCAAAUCAUCACAACAAUGGGUUUUCGUUUACCUGGCAUCAGAAAGGAAAUAUUUGCAGCAAAUCCAGCAUCUUCAAAAGUGCCGGAUGUGCCAAAGGGGUAUCUUGCAGUCUAUGUGGGAGAGAAAAUGAAGCGGUUUGUGAUCCCUGUAUCAUACUUGAACCAACCUUCAUUCCAAGACUUGUUGAACCAAGCUGAGGAAGAGUUUGGAUAUGAUCAUCCCAUGGGUGGCCUCACAAUUCCUUGCAGUGAAGAUGUCUUCCAUCAUAUAACUUCAUGCUUGAAUUGACAGAAAAUCUAACAGUUUUUUUAGGAGACUGACAUAGAUUAGUGGAAAUAUUUCUGACAAUAGGCUUCUUCUCAAUUUGUAUAGAUCUCCUUUUCUUGAAAGCAAAGGAAGAGAAACGGAAUGACAUAAUUCCAGUAUACCAUAUUGUUUUGUUUAUUUUAAUUAGUAAUUACAAAGAAUUCAAGUA